GGGCCGGCUCCCGGCAUGCCGCGCGCUGACAGCCUUAUAAAUAGGCGCCUCUGCGGGCUCGGCGAGGACGGCAGGGCACGCGCUGGCCCCGCGCCCACCGCACCUCCGCAGCGCCCUGACCUGGCUCCCGGGCCCAAGACCUCGGCAGGAUGGAAGAAAAGCUAAAGAAAACCAAGAUCAUCUUUGUGGUGGGCGGGCCUGGCUCGGGGAAGGGCACCCAGUGUGAGAAGAUCGUGCACAAGUAUGGCUACACCCACCUCUCCACUGGGGACCUGCUGCGUGCUGAGGUCAGCUCAGGCUCCGGCAGGGGCAAGAGGCUGUCGGAAAUCAUGGAGAAGGGGCAGCUGGUGCCGCUGGAGACGGUGCUGGACAUGCUUCGAGACGCCAUGGUGGCCAAGGUGGAGUCUUCCAAAGGCUUCCUGAUCGAUGGCUACCCCCGGGAGGUGCAACAGGGAGAGGAGUUCGAGCGGCGGAUCGGACAGCCCACGCUGCUGCUGUACAUGGACGCAGGCCCCGACACCAUGACGCAGCGGCUUCUUAAGCGUGGGGAGAGCAGCGGGCGCGUGGACGACAAUGAGGAGACCAUCAAGAAGCGGCUGGAGACCUAUUACAAGGCCACCGAGCCCGUCAUCGCCUUCUACGAGAAGCGCGGCAUCGUCCGCAAGGUCAAUUCUGAAGGCUCCGUGGACAGCGUCUUCGCCCAGGUGUGCACCUACCUGGAUGCCCUCAAGUAGCCACACUGGAGCCCCGCUCCCCCCGCCCCGCCUUGGCCCUUGCCCGCUCCGCCACCACACGCAGAGGAGGCUGCUUUGUCUUGGGUCUGGCGGGAGCGAAGCACUAAAGGCAUCUCCAAGGAC